UGCACUAUGAGCAUGGCUGCUUCCACAAUGGCUCUCUCCUCUCCUUCUCUGGCCGGAAAGGCUGUGAAGCUCGGCCGAUCCGCCUCUGAUCUUCUUGGAGAAGGAAAGGUCACCAUGCGAAAGUCCGUAGGCAAGCCAAAGCCCAUCUCAUCCGGCAGCCCAUGGUACGGCCCUGACCGUGUCAAGUACUUGGGCCCUUUCUCCGGUGAGCCACCAUCCUACCUCACCGGUGAAUUCCCGGGUGAUUACGGUUGGGAUACCGCCGGACUCUCCGCCGACCCCGAGACCUUUGCCAAAAACCGAGAGCUCGAGGUCAUCCACUGCAGAUGGGCUAUGCUUGGAGCUCUUGGCUGUGUCUUCCCUGAGCUUCUCGCGCGCAAUGGAGUCAAGUUCGGCGAGGCCGUGUGGUUCAAGGCCGGUGCACAAAUCUUCUCUGAGGGUGGAUUGGACUAUUUGGGUAACCCAAGCUUGAUCCACGCACAGAGCAUUCUAGCCAUCUGGGCUACACAGGUUAUCUUGAUGGGUGCUGUUGAGGGCUACCGUAUUGCAGGUGGGCCUCUUGGUGAGAUUACUGACCCACUCUACCCAGGUGGCAGCUUCGACCCAUUGGGCCUUGCUGAUGAUCCUGAGGCUUUCGCUGAGUUGAAGGUGAAAGAGAUCAAGAAUGGCAGGUUGGCCAUGUUCUCCAUGUUUGGGUUCUUUGUUCAGGCCAUUGUGACUGGAAAGGGACCUUUGGAGAACCUGGCUGAUCACCUUGCAGACCCUGUUAGCAACAAUGCUUGGGCAUAUGCCACAAACUUUGUCCCUGGCAAGUGAAUGACUAGGAGAGUGACUUCAUGGGGGGAACAGGUCCUCCUUCCAUUUUGUGUGUGGACUUGAGAUUAUUGUAUGUGAUAUAAACUGAUUGGUA